GGUGUUGGUCGGUGUAUCACUCACGUAACGAAACUAUUGUUUUCUUCAAUUCAUUAUCUUCUGUUUUCCGGUUCCGUAAAUAGCUUUGUGUGACGUUAAAAAAAAACAGAACGAAACGGAAGAUACAAAUCAAAUAAACAACAUGGCCUACAUUAGUAGCAUACACUAUCUAGCGUUUUUUUUAAAACUUGGAAUAAGAGAAUUCUAAUGUGAUUUGGUUUCGGAGACCGGCUUCAUUGUUAAGAACUAUUUAACAUAGGUCUAUAUAACGGAUUGUUUUGUGUAUCAAGUGUGACACAACAGAUAUAGACUUCAUGGAUUUGGGAGACAAACACCUUAAGAAAAAGACAAGAGAAUAAUAUAUAGGCCUGUGCAUGCAGUUUCAACUAAUUUCCUACUGCGAUACAUCAUCCUUACCAUUAGGAGCUGUCAAGCUAGGACUUCUCUGCAGUAGCAAUGUCACACGUCUGUCACUUGAGAAAACUUGUGCAUAAGAAGAAAACGCUUUCUCGUCUGCUGUGCAUUGUGUGUCUCUUGGUUUCGUGGAAAUAUUUGGAUUAAUUAAACCAAAGGAAGCGAUUUAACCAAAAAUAUCAAUAUGAUUAUCAUUCUUCACAGACUUGCCAUGAAGGUGUCCAUACAAAUAUCAAGAAAGCCCUUCUAGUUUGGAUAAUACUGCCGUAUGCAACAUUCUGUUGUAUUACAACUUUUGGUUUAUAAAGACAUUUUUGUCAUUCUUAAAUGACUUUGUGAAAUGUGCAUGAUUCUAUUUACAAACUGAAAGAAUCUCUAAACGCUUUUAACAAGCCAGGCAUUGCCAGACUUCAUUACACCAAGACAGUUCGUACUAUCGGAUAUAUUCGAUGUCCUUACACGACAAAGAUACGCUAGUUCACGACAGGGCGUUCCUAAUCCACAAUGCCUCACACCGGAAGCAGACGAUCACGUCUGACGACUUCACAGCGGAUACAUUUCCGGUUUUCAUUGUUCGCUGUGGCCUUGACCUUCCAUGCAUCUUCUUUGGCCAUGGCUGUCAUUACAGAGACGGCACUGCAGCCGAGUACGGAAAAACCAUUGGGGUUGAGUCUGUACAAAAUGCAUAUCAUCAGCGCACGGUGCCAUGCAAGCUGCAAAGAAAAGUGCUUACCGAAAUGUAACACAAGUGACAGCACGGAGCCCUGUAAGGAGGAAUGCGCAAUACAGCGAUGUGUCAGCAAUUGCGAGACCACUGGUCGAAUCUUACGAGAUGAAUCCAGGUCACCAGAUCCUGUAUAUGUGAAAGGCCAGAAGAUGCAGUUCACAGUGUCCACGCCGUCUGCCGCUUGCAUGUAUUCUCCGAGUGGUCAGGAGGACACGACAGAAGGUUCAACCAUUAUCCUGGGAUGGAAUGUCACUGUAGCAGACGAUCAGACUUCAAGUUUAACUCUGUACUGUGUAGUAGAGGUGUAUGAGGAGAAUUUGGUGACAGGAGAGGUCAAAAACUGGACAUCACUUGACUAUACGAACCAAAGUUUCUUGCUGAUCUCCAACCUCAGUCAUAACAGCCAGUACAAGUUUAGAGUCAGCGUUGUUUCCUCCAGGGGGCUCAUUACCACGCCUGUUACGUCCAAGUUCAUCCAACCCCCUAAAGCUGAACUGCCCCAGGCACCUCGAAACAUCUCUGUGUAUCAGUUUGUCACGAAUCAGACUUUGAAGGCUGAGGUCAAAUGGCAACUACCCAACAAUGUUGGUUGCCAUUUCAAACUUUACUGGAUGACGUCAUCUGAGACCAAGCCGAAGCUGAGUUAUAAAGAGCUGAGAGACUGGUCUUCGUAUACAUUCGAAAUCGGACAGCUGGGCUUUGACAGAAACUACACCCUGGAGAUUCAAACCUACGACCGCCACUUUCGUGUGUCCAGCGCCAGGGCGUUGUACAAUUUCCACACUCUAAGUUGCCUGGAAUCUACACAGUACAAUUACCAGUCUUGCGCACCGGAUGAGCCCCAGCAGUUCCAGUACAUAGUACACGAGCCUUACAUCGUAAACGAGACCACGCUGACCAAUGUGACGUUGUUCUGGAAGCCUCCCUUGUACCUGAGGCCGAACAAUACCAUUGUAAAGUACGUGGUCAACUGGAGAAAGGAUCCGGACAUUCGAUACAUAAAUCUGAUCAAAGCCGACAGGGGAGUCACGCUUGUUCCAAAUGAAACGAAUGAGGUGACCUUGACCGACAUUCACUGGAACGCAGAGUAUGUCGCAACCGUGGCAGCCGAGUCCAAGGCAGGAACUGGACAUAAGGUUUCCCUUACCUUUGUUACGGGAGAAGGAUACAAUUCACAAUUCGGGGAAGAUUCAGAGGACGAGGCUGUCAUAGCGGCUCAAGUCUUACAGAACACAGAGAACGUUUACUUCGCCACCAUCAUUCCCGCCAUCUUGACAGCAGGGUCCAUAACUGUGUGCGUCAUUUAUUUCAUCAAGUUUAAAAAGCAAACCCAGCAUUUGUCAGGCAGGGGCGCUUCCAAGAGAGAGCAGGCUAUAAACCCACUGUAUGAGUACACCUUGGGAAAGCAGCACUUGACAGAGAUUGAGCCCCUGAUCGUCACAGACGAGUUCGAAGUGGACUACACCUGCCUGAAGCUGACCACCACGCUGGGGGAGGGCGCCUUCGGCAGGGUGAUGAAGGCCGAGUACAUUCCCAAGGGAUCCUAUCAGAGCAGACAAGGAACCGGGGUGCGGACGGUGGCUGUCAAAAUGCUGAAAGAGCACGCGACUCCAGAGGAAAGGCGGUUCCUACUUCUUGAAAUCGGGACCAUGAAGACAUUAGGGAAUCACCCGAAUCUGGUCAGCAUCGUGGCCUGCAUCACCAACAGCACCAGACCCUGUCUGAUCAUGGAGUACUGCCCGCUAGGUGAUCUGAGGAACUACUUGCGUCAGCAUAGGUUAAAGGUCAACUACCUGACCUCCAGCUCCUCUGGGGUCUUCAGUGGGAACGUGUCCAGUUUGUUGUCCUACAGCAAUGCGGGCACUGAGAAUCUGAUUAUCAACAGUCCAGAAUCACACGAAACGAUGUGUCUAGCAGAGCAAGAGCUGCUGUCGCAGACGGUGCUUCUGUCCUACGCAAGGCAGAUCGCCCUUGGAAUGGAGUACCUGAAUCAGAACCGGUUCAUCCACCGCGAUCUGGCAGCACGUAACAUCCUGAUGGUCUCAUCAAAGUGUGUCAAAAUUUCGGACUUUGGCUUGUCCAGGGAUGUGUACGAGACCAAUGCCUACCAGCCUACUUCAGCCAGAAAACUGCCCUUCAAGUGGAUGCCGAUUGAGUCGAUUUUUGAUCAGGUUUUUACCAUCAAGAGUGACGUAUGGUCCUACGGCAUCUUACUGUGGGAGAUUGUUACCCUGGGUGGCUGCCCUUACCCAGGGGUACCUAACUGUGAUCUCUUUCGUCUGUUGAGUGAAGGGUACCGGUUGGAGAGACCUAACAACUGCUCAGCAGACAUAUAUAAGAUCAUGCUGGCUUGCUGGCAUCCCUGCAUUGACGACAGACCUACGUUCACGCAGCUCAAGAAGAAGAUUGAGAGCCUCCUGGAGGCGUCCUGCUCUUAUAUUGAUUUGUCCACAGAGGUCAGUGCGGACUACUAUCGGAGUGACAGCAGCGAUGACCAAGAGAGUGAUUUUAUGUCCGGCAGAAGUGUCAGGAGAAAGAUGUCGGAACAAGCCGCCAAUUCCUCAUUAGAUGGAUCAGUAAGCCAUGUCUUGCGCAAUAGCAAAAGAUACUCUCGGUUUGAUUCGUCCUCCAUCCAUGAAGAUGGCAUCGGCAAGAUUUGUCCAUUUUAUCCGGUGUCUAAAGGGCCUUUCGUUUUGGAAACCAACGGCCCCAUCCCUGGACUUUCAGAGGAGCUUCUGCACAAAGCUCUGUCUUCUGUGGAUCUAGCUAAAAACAGAUUGAGCGGGAAUUCCCGUUAUGAAGACAACUCACAGUUAUCGUGUGACACAAACGCGAAUACCAUUCAGACCAUUUCCCAAAUAGUGGAUGAAGCAGCCUCAGAACAAUCAGCUGAAUCAGAGCCACGUAACAAAACCUCCCAUCUUCCUGUCCCACACCGUCCAGCAGCGAUACGACCAGAGCAUUCUUCUAAAGCAAAGACUUCUAGUGCCCCACGAAAGUGGGACAUGUACGGAAUGGACUUUGUGUACCCUAAUCCCCAACAGACAUUGUCAUUCGGGGAGAGCGCAGAGAAGCCAAAGAAUGGCAGCCCAUGUAGGUCAACUUAAACCUGUUACCAUGCAUAGUUCAUCCGUGGGGCACUCUGCAAGAGAAUGCAGCUGUCCAUCCAACUAAGCCAACAGUCUUUUGUAGACAACAAAUAUUAAUGUACAAUUUAUUAUAUCUAGUCCCUUGAUAUUACUCAUUGCUCUAGUCUAAUUCGGUUUCGUUUCUUUUGUUCCGGACACAAUUCUAAAGUAAAAGAAAAAACGUGACCCUUUUUGCCCUUUAUGUGUUUAAGCGCCCUCUCCCUGUGCUUUGAGAUAGACGGCUCAUCUAAAUCCUUAUAGAUCAGGGGUUCUCAACCUGUGGGUCGCGACCCCUUUGGGGGUCGAUUGACGAUUUGCCAGGGGUCGCCUAAGACCAUCGAAAAAAUGAAUUGUUUUUGUCUAUUCUUCUAUUACUGUAUGUGUGAGUGGGGGGGGGUCGCGGCAGAGUGGGGUAUUGUAAAAAGGGGUCGCCAAGCCUAAAAGGUUGAGAACCGCUGUUAUAGAUGGUCUAUCUGAACUUUUUUACAAGGUACACGUUUUGUUUAUUAUAUUUGAUAAUGUGAUUCAAAGAAUGUGCUCCAUGACAAUGUGAGAUUCACUUUCUUUGUCAGUGACUUCAUUUGACUUACUCUGUGAUACUAGUGAAUUUUUAUUUUGUUUUUCAACAUACCGUUACUUAUUGGAUUCACUCGACCAGACCCCAACCAUUUUGGACCCCGAUCAUUUUGGACCCCAACCAUUUUGGACCCCGAUCAUUUUGGACCCCAAUCAUAUUGAACCCCAACAAUUUUGGACCCUGAUCAUUUUGGACCCUGAUCAUUUUGGACCCCGAUCAUUUUGGACCCCAAUCAUUUUGGACCCCAACAAUUUUGGACCCUGAUCAUUUUGGAUCCUGAUCAUUUUGGACCCUGAUCAUUUUGGAUCCCAAUCAUUUUGGACCCCGAUCAUUUUGGACCCCAACCAUUUCGGACCCCAACCAUUUCGGACCCCAACCAUUAAGGUUUUCCAUUCAUUUAAAAAAUAAACUCGGAGUGACUAACUGCUUUUAUUGCUGCUUUCUUAUUGGCAUUGGUGGCUUCUCUAAUAUGUUUUCAAAUGUUGGGUUACUAAUGCUUUAUGACAUUUCGAGGAAGCCUUGAGACGGGGCCCUCCAUUGCAGAAAAAAAUGUGCAGCAAUAUGAGUCAGAUGUCAUUAAUCAUCUAAACAUUUUGUGCAUCUCUAAUGAGUUCAUAUAAUGUCGGCUACACCUUGCUCAUGAAAGGAAGCAAUGUUGCCAAGUCAGCAGUUUACACAGUAUUAUGUUGACAUGUCUUGUUUUUUUAAGGUCAUUUACCCCCCCCCCCCCCCCCCCGUUCAGAUGGUGUCUUACUUCCAUAAUUAGAGUCGGUCGUUAUUGCUUCUGUCAAUUUAAGAAAGUAAGUCAUCUGUGUGUGUGUGUGUGUGAAACUAUACAAACUGUUAAGUUUUUACUUCCUUUCCUUUCUACGCCCUUAUUCUCUCUCUCUUAGCCUUUAUUCAUUGUAUAAUCCUCUAUUCACUUUCUGCGUCGUAACUUCACGUACUAACUACUUCUUUAGCACCCUUUAUUUCCUUUCUACGCCCUUAUAUCCUUUCUAAGCCCUUAUUUACUUCUACGCCCUUAUUUUCUCUUAAUGCCCUUUUUCUCUCAAUGCCCUUAUUUCCUUUUUAAGCCCUUAUUUACUCCUAAGCCCUUAUUUUCUCUCAAUGCCCUUAUUUUCUUUCUACGCCCUUUUUUCUCUCUCAAUGCCCUUAUUUUCUUUCUAAGCCCUUAUUUACUUCUAUGCCCUUAUUUUCUCUCAAUGCCCUUAUUUCCUUCUAUGCCCUUAUUUCAUUUCUACGCCCUUAUUUCCUUCUACGCCCUUAUUUCACUCAAUGCCCUUAUUUCCUUUCAAUGCCCUUUUUUUCUCUCAAUGCCCUUAUGUUCUUUCUACGCCCCUAUUUUCUCUCUAAGCCCACACUCCCACUCUACGCCAUUUCUUUUUUAAACAAAAGCCAGGCCUCGGGAUUUGAACCCUGGACAAUCAAGUUAACAGACGAGGGCUUUACCGUUUGCACUAACACUUGAUGUGUUUUUACACAAACACCUUGAAGUCAUACAGCUAAAUAUAUUUAAGUUAUUCCAGUAAGAUAUUUAUAUUUUAACUUUUAUUAUGAUAUUAAAGGGAAUUAAGUUUCCCGUAAAUACAAUCCAUAUGGAUGCCACUGUGCAGGUUUUAUCAAAGUCUAAAUAAAAUUAUUCAUUCUCCUAUACACCAAAUUGACGGAUUUAGGUUAACAUCUAGCAAUAUAAACGAAAGAAACAGACAUCAUUUUGCAGGCUAUAUUUAGAUUCGUUCCUGCACAUUAAGUAAUUCGGUGUCACACUUUUUUUUUUCUAAAUGUUUGACACAGAAAUGUUCAACAUGUUAAAUUCGAAAAGAAAGAGUUAUACCAUUGGGGUAAAAAAAAAACAACAACUUCAAACUAAGUUCUGAAACAAUGAGUGAUGGCAUAUAAGUUAUACCUCGUCCCGCCCCCAUCUCGCCGUGUCCACCUUCACCAACUGUCAAGUUUAGCUAGGUGGGUUUGUAGGGUCGGAGUGUCCAUGGUUUGUGCCUUGGCCUGGCCUGUCUAUUUAUGUUUACGUUUAUUAACUUCCUGUUGCUUCCAAAUGAGGUGUACACGCGCUGUCUGAUUGUUCUGCUGAGAGAUAUAGAGCCAUUGUUUGUCUAAAAAGCUCAUUUAUUAGGGAAUUUUGGGCGGUCGAGUGGUUUGUUCGCUGGGUCUUUUUAUUGCUGCGGCCGUGGUUCAAAAACACAUCUAGGUCACCGCUGUCCUUCGCAGUGCCACGCAUGUCCCUUAUAAUUCUUAGAUAGAUUUAUAUGGUAACUGUAAUGCUUAAGAUAUAUGGAUACGCUGAUAUAUGUAGUAACUGUAGGAUAUAUGUAUAAACUGUAUAUGGUCACUGUAAUGUUUAAGAUAUAUAUAUAAACUGAAAUUUAUAGUAACUUUACUGUUUAGGAUAUGUACAAACUGAUAUAGAUAUGGUAAUUCUAAUAUUGAAGAUGUAUGUAAAACGUAUCGCGUUGGUGGGUUUAUGUUUCAUAUUGUUACACUUCUCUUAUGUGCCUCAGUUUCUAAAUGGCAUUGUUUCAUUGGAAUUACUCUUGCCUGUCUGUCGUUUAGGUAAAACUAACUCGCCUGUCUGUUGUGUAGGUCAGAAUUUCUCGACUGUUUAUCAUCUGGAUCAAACUUACUAGCCUGUCUGUCGUGCAGAUCAGACUUACUAGCCUGUCUGUCGUGUAGGUCAAACUUACUAGCCUGUCUGUCGUGUGGGUCAAACUUACUAGCCUGUCUGUCGUGUAGGUCAAACUUACUAGCCUGUCUGUCGUGUAGGUCAAACUUACUAGCCUGUCUGUCGUGCAGAUCAAUCUUACUAGCUUGUCUGUCGUGCAGAUCAGACUUACUAGCUUGUCUGUCGUGUAGGUCAGACUUACUAGCCUGUCUGUCGUGUAGGUCAAACUUACUAGCCUGUCUGUCGUGCAGAUCAGACUUACUAGCUUGUCUGUCGUGUAGGUCAAACUUACUAGCCUGUCUGUCGUGCAGGUCAAACUUACUAACCUGUCUGUCGUGUAGGUCAAACUUACUAGCCUGUCUGUCGUGCAGAUCAGACUUACUAGCUUGUCUGUCGUGUAGGUCAAACUUACUAGCCUGUCUGUCGUGUAGGUCAAACUUACUAGCCUGUCUGUCGUGUAGGUCAAACUUACUAGCCUGUCUGUCGUGCAGAUCAGACUUACUAGCUUGUCUGUCGUGAAGAUCAGACUUACUAGCUUGUCUGUCGUGUAGGUCAGACUUACUAGCCUGUCUGUCGUGUAGGUCAAACUUACUAGCCUGUCUGUCGUGCAGAUCAGACUUACUAUCUUGUCUGUCGUGUAGGUCAAACUUACUAGCCUGUCUGUCGUGCAGGUCAAACUUAAUAGCCUGUCUGUCGUGUAGGUCAAACUUACUAGCCUGUCUGUCGUGCAGAUCAGACUUACUAGCUUGUCUGUCGUGUAGGUCAAACUUACUAGCCUGUCUGUCGUGUAGGUCAAACUUACUAGCCUGUCUGUCGUGUAGGUCAAACCUACUAGCCUGUCUGUCGUGCAGGUCAGACUUACUAGCCUGUCUGUCGUGUAGGUCAAACUUACUAGCCUGUCUGUCGUGUAGGUCAAACUUACUAGCCUGUCUGUCGUGUAGGUCAAACUUACUAGCCUGUCUGUCGUGCAGGUCAGACUUACUAGCCUGUCUGUCGUGUAGGUCAAACUUACUAGCCUGUCUGUCGUGCAGGUCAGACUUACUAGCCUGUCUGUCGUGUAGGUCAAACUUACUAGCCUGUCUGUCGUAUAUGUCAUGCUAGGUUAAGAAGGUCCAUUAUAUUUACAAACGCUAAAAAAUUACAGCUUUUGAAGAUGGAGCGAUAAGCCCGCGUUCAAUAAGCCCGUGUUCACAUUGACACACAUUUGUGUUCAAACAUAAUCGCACAAACCAUUCGUCAUACAGAAUAUAUCACUUGACAUGCAUCAUAUAUCUCCUGACAUGCAUUAUAUAUCUUCUGACAUAGUCAUGUUUCGGCUGUCACGGGACAUGCUAUGUAUAUAUCUCUCUCUCUCACACACACACACACACACACACCCUCAAAUACACUUUCUCACACAACACAUUCUCUCUCACAGUCAUAACCAAACACUAGCACACACUCACCCAGGCAUGACUACACGCGUACGCACGAACAGACGUCCAUACUAACAGGGAUAAACGCACAUAUGCAUUGAAAUCUACACUCUCAAGCAAAUGGCAUUCCUGUAUUUAAUUUAAAAAUCAUAAAAGUUAUACUCGUACAAGUUCAAAGUUCAUGUUGUUUAUAAAAUAGUGUUGGUUUUUUUAACUGACCACGUGACCUUCUCAAGUUUAUAUAUAUAUAUUUUUGAUUUAACCUUUUUUCCCCUUUUUGUUUGCAUUAAAUAGAUGAAAAAUGUCCGGUGAAUUAUAUAUGUAUAUAGAUCUAUAUAUUGUGCCUAAACUUAUACUUUUAUACACCCUUGUCAUAAAUGCUUUUAUUAUGAACCUGUUUGUCUGUAUCAGUAUAAAUGUUUAUAUCAUAAACCAUAUCACUAUUUCUAUUAAUAUACAAUAGGUCGACGUAAACGCCAUUUUUGUAAGCCUCUACUGAUUAACUCAUUUGUUAUAAACCUUAUUGUAUAUAAGCCCUCAUUUUUUUUAUCAACAUAAUUGUAUGAAACACAUAAUUAAGAACUUAUGAUAUAAGCUGGGAGCUCUAAUGAUUAUGGGUAUGAUUAUGACUAUGAUUAUGGCUAUGUUUAUGACUAUGAUUAUGGCUAUGAUUAUGACUAUGAUUAUGGCUAUGAUUAUGACUAUGAUUAUGGCUAUUAUUAUGAUUAUGGCUAUGAUUAUGACUAUGAUUAUGACUAUGAUUAUGGCUAUGAUUAUGACUAUGAUUAUGGCUAUGAUUAUGAUUAUGACUAUGAUUAUGACUAUGAUUAUGGCUAUCAUUAUGACUAUGAUUAUGGCUAUCAUUAUGACUAUGAUUAUGACUAUGAUUAUGGCUAUGAUUAUGACUAUGAUUAUGACUAUGAUUAUGGCUAUGAUUAUGACUAUGAUUAUGGCUAUGAUUAUGACUAUGAUUAUGGUGUUUAUUUAUUUGCUUGUUCACAUUCAUUCCUCAUGUUCUUUGCUUGUAUUGUGUAUUUUGAUUGAUGCUAUACCAUUUCAACAAGUUCAUACGAUGAGUGAUGCACAGCUUACAGAUUAUCUAGUCAAAUAAAUGUCCGGAAUACGU